AAGAAAGGACUGCAUAUGAAAAGGGAGGAUGCAUGAGGAAGUCUUGUGUGUCAAGGAGAAAUUAGGCAAGAUUAGUGUUACAGCAUAAAGAAUGGAUUUUGGGAGAUGGCAGGAAAUGAGGAGGCUGUCCUAGGCAAGAGCCAGAUAAUGACCAGUUAUGUAAAUGAUAAGCAGCACAUACCAUGCCGGGGAACUGCUGACCACUCCCUUCCUCUAGGGACUUCCACGAUAUCACAAUCUCCCAGUUGUCCUCAUACCCUAUUCUGGACAUUCUUAGUUAUUUUUCUCGCUUUUGCUUUUUAUCCCACCUCUGAAUAUCAGCAUUUCUCAGGACUCGAUCCAGGGGCCUCUCUGCAUGCUCUCUGUGGGCGAUUUAGUUCACUCUCAAGGCCUCCGUUACUGCUUCUGUGCAGGCAGCACGCAAAUCUGAGCUCUAGUCCCGUGUUUCCCUGCCUGUGGAUAUCUUGCAGAUAUUAAACUUACCGUGUCUAACGCCAAAUCCAAUAUUUCUACCCCAUAAAAUUGCACCACCAUCUUUCUAAGUCUAGGCUGCAUUGUCCACCUGUUCGCUCAGGUCCUAAGCCUGGGAGCCAUCCUUCACUCCCCUCUCUCCAUCACCUCUCCCAUGUAAACAAACCCUGAGAUUUGUCAUUCUACCUGUUAAAUAUCUCUUGAUUUUAUUUGCUUUCUACAAUAAGGAACUGAAUUAUUCUUCAACUACAUCAGCUUGAAAGAUGACCCCGAGAUCCAGGUGAGGACUCAGCUCACCAGACAACUUGGUAUCAGCUAUGUGAAACCCUAAGCUGUUGUGCCCAGAUGUCUGACUACAGAAGUAUACCAGCCAUGGUGAAUGGAAUGCGGCACACAGUUUUGGAAGCCAGCUGAUUGUGAAUUUUCUAAGGUUCCAGUUCUUGGAGAAAAAAGACAUUUCUUCGUCUGGAUGAUUUUCUCUCUCUGUUGUCUUGAGAGGGAGUUAUGGGCAGGACCGUUAGUGCCCAGCUGUGGACUCUGGACUUUCAUCUGGAGAUGAUGGAGAGUGUACAGGUCAAAGUGCAUACAGAAUCCAACUUAGUAAAUGGAGCACCAGGGCAAAGCUAAGAGGACAAAACGUAAUAGGUCAUGGCUUCCGGGGAGUUUGCAGCCCCAUGGAACGGAGCAGAAUGCACUAAACACAGAUCCUCAGGCUGGGGCUUGGAGCCCCUGGGGAGAAUGAGGGGAGCAGCCCCGCCACUCGCCGCCCAGGCGCUCACGUCCUCACUCAGAGCAGUUUCCUGUCUGUACGAGGGGGAGCCCCGCUGGUUCGUACUGGAGCCCCUGAGAUGGGGGAUCCGGAGGCCAGAACCUUCUCUAUCUACUCCUAUGCAAGAGAGACCAUCGAUAUGGAGCACAAACAAAAAAACACCUAUGAUGUCUGUUCUGGAUGUUUCUACAGCAUCAGCGUCUCCCUGGGAGCCGUCAGUCGACAUCCGUGCUCCAAGAGUUGGAACAAGGGCUCAAAGAGUCAUUAUUUUAGAUGCUGGGUCUUGAUUAGGUUUGGGAAACAUGAAAUUCAGAGUCUAGUGGACUCUGGUCAAGGAUUGCCAAGGGCGGAGGUAGGGAGUUGGGGCGAUCUUUGGCUGUAAGUAGCAAUUAAGAACAGGAGUGCCGGUGCAGACUGGUCUGGGCUCAAAUGACUGCUUAGUAGCUGGGACCAAGUUAUUGAAAAUGCAUCUCAUUUUCUUUGUCAGCAAAGGAAGGAUAAUUAAGUGUCUACCCCCACAGAGAUGUAGUGGCUGUUAAGUGAGCUCAUGAUAUGAAGGGCUUAGCACAGUGCCUGGCAUACCGCAAGCACUCGGUGAAAUGUAGUUAGUUAACUUAGGCCAACAGCCUGAUUCUCCCAGACCUCAGCCCAGGCCAGUGUGCACAGCUGUCCGUUGGGCAGACGUUCAGGUUGGGGAGGUGCGAGUGGGGGUGGGUAGAGAAAAGGGUAUGGAAGAGAGUCACCCUGUGACGAGCAGCCCAGGCUUCUGUUCUGCUUAUUGCUGGCCUCCGCCUGAGGCUGGGUUCCUGUCCGCUCAGUAACAGAACAGACGUACUUUCUCUCUGGUUCUUGGGGAGGCACACAGAAGAGUGACUGACUGUCUGGGCAGCUGAACAGUUAUGCUGCAGUGGAGGGCCACACCAGCUUGAGUCACAUGGCUCAUCCUAAGGCCACUCCUGAGCCCACCCUGUCCCACAGACAAGGACUCAGCCAUGACUCACUGUAUUCAGGUGAUGCCCAAGCCUUAGUCACCUGGUGCCCUUUCCUCCAACACCUGAGUAUCUGUGUUCACAGCCUGGACCAGCCUCUCUCAUCCUUCUUAGCCUCUUCUCUCUCCUUUUCUUUCUCCUUCUUGCCUUCUCUUGCUCCCUACCCUUUGAUCUGUCAUUGAUCUGACCUUGGUGGCUCUGAACUGGGUGGUUUAAGUCUGGAAGAUGUAUAAUGGAGACAGUAGCUUCUGGUGCUACUCUCAUGCCCUCUCAGAGACACUGCCAGGAAAAACCGAUUGGCAAGCAGAGAAGAAGCCUGCCCACGUCAGCAUGGUGACAUCUUUGUAAUCUGAGGGGUGGUCCAGGCACAAGAGGAAGCUGAUCCUACGGGUCUCGGGAGAACAUCAAGUACAGCAGCUGUCACAGAUGCCAGCACCCUUCCCGCCCUCUGAAUCCUGGUGAGGUCCUCUCUGGGGAUCGCCCCGUUGGCUGAAGAUGAGGCCGCUCCUCCUCCUGUGCUUUGUCCUGCCCAGCCUCCUAUGUGCCCAGCAAGCCUGUUCCCGUGGGGCCUGCUAUCCACCUGUCGGAGACCUGCUCAUUGGGAGGACCCGGUUUCUCCGAGCUUCAUCCACCUGUGGACUGACCAGGCCUGAGACCUACUGCACCCAGUAUGGCGAGUGGCAGAUGAAAUGCUGCAAGUGUGACUCCAGGUUGCCUCACAAUUACAACAGUCAUCGAGUGGAGAACGUGGCUUCGUCCUCAGGCCCCACCCGCUGGUGGCAGUCACAGAACGAUGUCAACCCUGUCUCUCUGCAGCUGGACCUGGACAAGAGAUUCCAGCUUCAACACAUCCUGAUGGAUUUUAAGGGGCCCAUGCCCGCUGGAAUGCUGAUCGAGCGCUCCUCAGACUUCGGCAAGACCUGGCAGGUGUACCAGUACCUGGCUGCUGACUGCACCUCUGCCUUCCCCCGUGUCCGUCAAGGCCAGCCUCAGAGCUGGCAGGACGCUCGGUGCCAGUCUCUGCCCCAGAGUCCUAACUCACACCUAGAAGGAGGGAAGGUCCAGCUUAACCUUAUGGAUCUAGCUUCUGGGGUUCCAGCAACUCAGAGUCAAAGAAUUCAAGAGCUGGGGGAGAUCACAAACUUGAGAAUCAACUUCACCAGGCUGGCCCCCGUGCCCCAGAGGGGCUACCACCCCCCUAGUGCCUACUAUGCAGUGUCCCAGUUGCGUCUGCAGGGCAGCUGUUUCUGUCACGGCCACGCUGACCGCUGUGCCCCCCAGCCCGGAGCCCCUGCCGGCCCCUCCACCACUGUGAAGGUCCACGAUGUCUGCGUCUGUCAGCACAACACCGCAGGCCCCAACUGUGAGCGCUGUGCACCCCUCUACAACAAUCGGCCCUGGAGACCUGCAGAUGACCAGGAUCCCCAUGAAUGCCAAAGGUGUGACUGCAAUGGGCACUCAGAGACGUGUCACUUCGACCCAGCUGUGUUUGCCACCAGCCAAGGGGCACAUGGAGGGGUGUGUGACAACUGCCGGGACCACACGGAGGGCAAGAACUGUGAGCGGUGUCAGCAGCACUACUUCCGGAACCGACGCCCUGGCGCCCCCAUCCAGGAGGCCUGUAUCCCCUGCGAGUGUGACCCGGAUGGAGCUGUGCCGGGAGUCCCCUGUGACCCAGUGACCGGGCAAUGCGUGUGUAAGGAGCACGUGCAGGGGGAACGCUGUGACCUGUGCAAGCCGGGAUUUACAGGACUCAGCUCUGCCAACCCGCAGGGCUGCCACCGCUGUGACUGCAGUGUAUUGGGGUCUCAGCAGGACAUGCCAUGUGACGAGGAGAGUGGGCGCUGCCUGUGUCUGCCCCAUGUGGUGGGACCCAAAUGUGACCAGUGUGCUCCCUACCACUGGAAGCUGGCCAGCGGCCGGGGCUGUGAGCCCUGUGCCUGUGACCCAAACAACUCCCUCAGCCCCCAGUGCAACCAGUUUACAGGGCAGUGCCCCUGUCGGGAAGGCUUUGGGGGCCUGAUGUGCAACGCUGCAGCCAUCCGCCAGUGUCCCGACCGGACCUAUGGAGACGCAGGCACGGGAUGCCGCGCCUGUGACUGUGACUUCAGGGGAACCGAGGGCCCAGGCUGUGACAAGACCUCAGGCCGCUGCCUCUGUCGCCCUGGCUUGACCGGGCCCCGCUGCGACCAGUGCCAGCGAGGCUACUGUGACCGCUACCCAGUGUGCGUGGCCUGCCACCCUUGCUUCCAGGCCUAUGACGCCGACCUCCAGGAGCAGGCCCUGCGCCUCAGCAGCCUCCGAAAUGCCACCGCCACCCUGCGGCCCGGGCACGGCCUGGAGGACCCCCGCCUGGCCUCUCGGAUCCGGGAUGCAAAGAGCAAGAUUGAGCAGAUCCAAGCAAUUCUCCGCAGUGCCCCGGUCACGGAGCAGGAGGUGGCCCAGGUGGCUAACGCCAUCUUUUCCAUAAGGCGGACUCUCCAGGACCUGCAGCCCAAUCUGCUCCUAGAGGAGGAGACCCUGGCCCUCCCGGGAGACCUGGAGAAUCUGGACAGAAGCUUCAACCGCCUCCUCAUUAUGUACCAGAAUAAGAGAGAGCAGUUUGAAAAGAUGAGCAGUGCUGAUCCUUCGGGAGCCUUCCGGAUGCUGACUGCAGCCUACCAGCGGUCAUCCCAGGCCGCCCGGCAGGCCUCUGACAGCUCCCGCAGGCUUCUCCAGCUCAGGGACAGCCGGAGAGAGGCAGAGGGGCUGGAGCAGCAGAUAGGAGGAGGGGCUGCCAGUGGCCCUCAUCUCGCAGCCCUGAAGCUGGGGUUGGCUUCUUUGCCUGAUCUGACACCCACCGUCAACAAGCUCUGUGGGGGUUCCAGGCAGACCGCCUGCACCCCAGGAGCCUGCCCUGGUGAGCUCUGUCCCCGAGACAACGGCACGGCCUGCGGCUCCCACUGUAGAGGUGCCCUCCCCAGGGCCGGUGGGGCCUUCCGGACGGCGGGGCAGGUGGCCCAGCAGCUGCAGGGCUUCAACGCCCAGCUCCAGCAGACCAGGCAGAUGAUUAGGGCGGCCGAGGAAGCUGCCUCGCGGGUGCAGUCAGAUGCGCAGCGCCUGGAGACCCAGGUGAGCGCCAGCCGCUCCCAGAUGGAGGAGGACGUCAGGCGCACACGGCUCCUCAUCCAGCAGGUCCGGGACUUCCUCUCCGACCCCGACACUGAUACGGCCACCAUCCAGGAGGUCAGCGAGGCUGUGCUGGCCCUGUGGCUGCCCACAGACUCCGCCACAGUCCUACGGAAGAUGAAUGAGAUCCAGGCCAUUGCAGCCAGGCUGCCCAACGUGGACCUGGUGCUGUCCCAGACCAAGCGGGACAUUGCUGAGGCCCGCCGGCUCCAGGCUGAGGCCGAACAGGCCAGGAGCCGAGCCCAUGCGGCGGAGGGCCAGGUGGAGGACGUGGUGGGGAAUCUGCGGCAGGGCACGGCGGCUCUGCAGGAAGCUCAGGACACCAUGCAAGGCACCAGCCGCUCCCUUCGGCUCAUCCAGGACAGGGUUGCGGAGAUAGAAACUGAACUGGGACCUAAAGAAACACUGGUGACGGGCAUGACGGAGCAGCUGGGCGGCUUCCGAGCACGGAUGGACGAGCUGCGCCGCCAGGCCAAGCAGCAGCGGGCACAGGCGGCCCUGGCCCAGCAGCUCGCGGAGGACGCCAGCGGGCGGGCGCUCAGCGCCCAGGAGGGUUUUGAGAGAAUAAAGCAAAAAUAUGCUGAGCUGAAGGACCGGUUGGGUCAGAGCCCCAUGCUGGGGGAGCAGGGCACCCGCAUCCUGAGUGUCAAGACAGAGGCAGAGGAACUGUUUGGGGAGACCAUGGAGAUGAUGGACAGGAUGAAGGACAUGGAGUCAGAGCUGAUUCAGGGAAGCCAGGCCAUCGUGCUUCGCUCAGCAGACCUGACGGGGCUGGAGAAGCGCGUGGAGCAGAUCCGCAACCACAUCAACGAGCGUGUGCUCUACUAUGCCACCUGCAAGUGAUGCUCCAGCCGCCAGCCUCCGGGUCUGUGCGUCUGCCUUCUCUGGGGGGCAGACUGGGCCGGAAUGCUUCCCAGCUCCUUUCACGUAGCCAGAAGCACCACCUGGACCACCCCUGGUAUGCAGCUGUUAAGAUUACUCUGGGCUGCAGCUGAGCCUGAGCUGAUGAGACAGAGAUGGUGGAGGUGGGCCGCGUCACUGUGCCCAGGAGCUUUCAAGUGGAGGGAGCUUGGCUGGGCGGUGUCCUCGCCCUUCGUUCUCCAUUGAGGCUGAUUCCUGGACCAACACAAAAAUUUACCCCACAAUGAUAUAUGACUGAAAAGCUCAAUAAAAAUCUUUGGAAAGGAGCCUGGGA